AUGCAAACAGACAAGACAAUACAAACAGAUCAAACAGACAAGACAAUCAAAGACAUCUGUAGGCAGAGACAGAGACGGCCCGGACGCCACCCCGUUCCCUGGCUAUUAGUGACGGAAUUGGUUCACCUUGUGCAGCCAUUAGCUGCCAGGCAGCCUGGAUGUCCUCAUCAUUAUUCACUUGUCCUCUUUACCGCCGGUCGGAUGUCUAGGCCUAGACCGUAUUUCGGAAACCGUAUUUCUGAAUGCUGCUACAGAAGAGUCCCAUGUAGGCGUUCGGCUGACGGACAGACAGACAGAAUAUUUAUGAAUCGUUAUCUGCAGGGCUGGUUCUCAUUAACGGGUCACCAGGCUCUAGCUCAAUCAAGUCCUCUUUCGAAAAGAUAUUUGUCAGUGUCCGUGACAUGUCUGCCUGCGUUGGGAAACUAA